AUGUGCGGCGUUGAAGCCUGGAACGUUCUAUCAAAAGAGUACUUGAGUGACAAGACCAAAAUUCCCACAGUGCAAACCAAGACCGGCGGCUUACACUUAUACUUUCGCUACAACGCAGCACUUCCAUCCGAGAUCCAGCGCGUCAGCGGUGCGUUCUUUGGCAGUCCUGAAAAGACUGUUGAGAUCGAUGUCCUGUUAGACAAAAAGUGUAUGAUCGGGCCUGGGUCAGCUGGCUACACGUUCAUCGAGGGCCGGGGCUAUUUUGAGAACGCACCCGAGCUGCCUAAUGAGAUCAUUGAAAUUCUCGCCCCUGUGAAAAAGGAAAAGAAAGACUCUUCAGAACAGGUUGUCGCGGCCGAGCUAGGCGAAAGUGGUAGUAAGGCGGAAGCCACUAGCAGAUUAGUCUCUCUUCAGCUGUUCAAAAGUGUUGUGGAUGGUAUUCCCAGCAGCUGUGCGGAUAAUUACCAGGGCUGGCUCAGGGUUGUGUGGGCGAUUGCUGACACUGUCGCUAAAAAUGGGUAUGACGCGCUCGACCUUGCCGACGAGUUCUCCAAGAGAUCGAAGAGUACGUACAAAGGUCGUGCCGAUGUAGAGAAGGUGUACUGCCAGAGCAACGGUUCGAUAACAUUUGGCACACUGAUGCAGCUGUCGGAACGCAAAUUUGGAGGAAGCGAGGACGACGAUAUUGAGCUUAUCUCUGAUGUCAAGGUGUUUGAAGAGCUCGGUCAUGCCACAAGUGUGAAGCGGAUCGUGGAGAACAAGGACGUUAAGGUCAUCUCGCUCGAGCUGGAUGAUGCCGGAAGUGACUUUAUCGGAUACAUACGCGAUCACGUCCCGUUGUUCGGAGACGACUUGUCAGCUAUUCACCCUGAGUUUGGCAACGGCCCAUCCAGAUGUUUCCUUAAGGACAAAGAUACAAUCGAGUUUGUCUAUAGGACCGAGCAGAGCGGUGAGCACCGCAUCCGUGUGAAAAACCCUUGGAAUUCGAAGAAAAGCUAUCUCACCAAAUACUCGAACAGCAAACAGGUUGGUAAACCUGUCAGCUCUAAGAAGACGCUCGAAAUACUUAUCGAUGCACUUGAAACGGGGUGUCACUCUCUAUUAAAGGAGAGAUACAACAUCACUAUCUACAACAAUGGUGGUGAUGUUAUAAACAACUAUGGCACGGCCAGAGACGAGGAAACCCCGGUUAGAUCAGAGUCUGCAUUGAUUCAGGCGCUCUUAGCUGGAAACCCAGGCAUCGUGGACCUCUUUAAGUUCUGUGACAAUGGAAAAGCCAACAACUUCGAUGGUCUGUUUGUGUGCAGUUCAGUGUCUGGAGUUUGGAAGUAA